AUGACUUCAUAUUUGACGGCAAGUGUUGUGAUAGCGGUGGUGACCUUUACCCUAUACAGAUUUGGUCAUGGCAUCCGCAAGAUUGUCUCUCCGAAAUCAAGUAGUGAGGAUGACACCGUCACAAAGAAGGACAACGAUGGAACGGGUAUCGACAGUGGUUCCCUCAUCCUGACCAUCAUGAAACACCAUCCGAAGAAUAUGGACCUGAAAAGAGUUGGCGACGUAAUCAAAUUCGUCAAGGACACUGUGAAAGGGAAACCCAUGAAUGACAGAUUGCUGGCGAUGGAAAACAUCAUUGCCAUGGUUGGCGCGUUGCCACAAGGUUCUAAACACCGGACUAAAUUGACAAACCUCCUUAUCACGAGACUUUGGGAUAGUCUCGAACAUCCCCCGAUCAACUUCCAGGGGCCACAGUUUUACUACAGGACCCCAGACGGAAGCUAUAACAAUGUACAUUUCCCGAACCUGGGAAAGGCUGGAAUGCCAUAUGCAAGGUCGAUCCGAAGCGACACCAUGCUUCCAGGCGUCAGACCAGAUCCAGGAUUGCUCUUUGACCUUCUCAUGAAACGGGAGGAUGGCCAAUUUAAAAAGAAUGAAGGAGGAAUCUCAUCCAUGUUGUUCUAUCAUGCAGCUCUCAUUAUUCACGAUAUAUUCCGAACUGACCGGCGCGACAUGAAUAUUAAUAACAAUUCAUCCUAUCUUGACCUUUCGCCAUUGUACGGAUCAAGUCUUGAAGAUCAAUUGAAGGUUAGGACUAUGAAGAAUGGAUUCCUCAAGCCGGACACUUUCCACGAUGAGAGAUUAAUUGGACAAUCUCCUGGCUGCAACGUCCUCCUAGUGCUGUACAGCCGGUUCCACAACUAUACAGCUCAGACUCUGCUUCUAAUCAAUGAGGGAGGACGUUUCACACCCAAAGGAGACGAUGAAGCUUCACUUGCCAAACUGGACGAGGACCUGUUCCAGACAGCCAGAUUGAUUGUAAACGGACUGUAUAUCAACAUCAGCCUUCACGACUACCUCCGUGCUAUUACCAACACCCAUCAUUCUGACAGUACAUGGACCUUGGAUCCACGCGUCGACAUCCCAGACUCGUUGGUAAAAUCCGGUCCCGAAAGAGGCAUCGGCAAUCAGGUCACUAGCGAAUUCAACCUACUAUACCGCUUCCAUUCUUGUAUUUCCCAGCGAGAUGAAGUAUGGCUGGAUGACUUCUUUGGGGAAAUUUUCAAAAGCACUGGGAAGUCCAUCGAUGAAUUGUCCCUGAAGGAUGGCCUGCAAGCUCUUGGGCGGUUCGAAUCCAUGAUCCCCAAAGAUCCGAGUAAGCGUAAUUUUGGUGGCAUCGAAAGAGGGGAGGAUGGUAAAUUCCGAGAUGAAGAUCUUGUGAGAAUAUUGAAGGAAAGCAUGGAGGACCCAGCAGGUUCUUUUGGACCCAAGAACACGCCGAAAGCCUUGCGAGUUGUCGAGAUCUUGGGUAUACACCAAGCCCGCCAAUGGAGAACGGCAUCACUCAAUGAGUUCCGCAAAUUCUUCAAGCUUAAACCCCAUGAAACUUUCGAAGAUAUCAAUCCUGACCCAGAAAUUGCCGAUCAUCUCCGAAACCUUUACGGACACCCCGAUAAUGUAGAAGCCUAUCCAGGCUUGUACGUUGAAGAUGCGAAACCGAGAAUGGACCCAGGGUCGGGUGUCUGUACCCCUUAUACCGUCGGCAGGGCUGUGCUUUCUGAUGCCAUAACCCUUGAGUACAACGUUGCCGCACUGACAAAUUGGGGAAUGGCAGAAAUUCAACAGGACUAUAACACGCUCGGAGGCUCCAUGUUCUACAAACUCAUCCUGCGUGGUCUGCCAGGGUGGUUUCCAUUUAACUCUCUCGCAGUAAUGCAGCCAAUGUACACAAAGGAUAUGAACCGCGAAAUAGCAACGGAGCUCGGGACAAAGUUUCAAUAUACCGAAGCCGAUCCGAAACCUCCACCCCGACGCAUGAUUCUGACGAAGCAUUCAGAAAUCUCCCAAAUGUUGACUGACCCCAAAAGGUUCCCCGUUCCCUUCGGAAAGCCUUACGAAAAUUUUAUUGAAGGACGUGACUUCGGUCACUUCAUGCUUGCAGGCGAUAUGCCACGUAACAGAGACCAGCGAAAUUUGUAUGGUGGACUGCUCUAUGGAAGUGGUGAACUGAAAGGUCUGGUCUCGAAAUUCAUCAUGGAGCAGACCGACAAAUUCUUGACUGGUAGUAUGUUCCGAAUUGGAGGUAGGACGUAUCAUGUCGAUAUCCUUAAAGAUGUCGCGAUCCCUGUCAUGGCACGUUUUGUGGGUGACCUCUUCCAAUUCGACCUGAAGACAGAGGAGAACACUUCCGGAACAUAUAACAUAGAUAGCCUAUACAGCGAUCUCCUGGAUAUUCGUGUCUGGGGAUUUGGAAACGACGAUCCUGCCCUCGCAUGGAACCGCCGUCGCGACGCACAAGCAUCCACCAAGAGGCUACUUGCAUCCACCGAAGCAUACAUCAAAAAAGUUACCAGCGCAAGCAGAAUCCAUAACAUCAUAGGUGCUAUGACCAACGGUAUCAAACCCCACGACCACGCAACUUCCCUCCGCGACUUUGGGCGGGACAGUAUUAUGGAGCUUCUCGCCAGUGGGAAAUCGGUGGAGGAAAUCGCAGACAUCAUGAUAUUCACUGCACUUGGUGGCAUUGGUGCUGCGAUCAGCACGGUUGCUGAAAUUCUCGAGUUCAUGAUUGCCGUUCCAGAAAACGCGGAGCACCUCGAGGCAUUCCGGGCUCUGACUCAAGAAAAUUCCGAACGGGCUGACAACGAUCUUCGACGAUAUGUUCUCGAAAUGCAGCGUCUGACAGCUGGCCAUAUCACGAUGCGCGUUGCUACUCAGCCGGGCAAAUUUGGUGCUCAAAGCUUCCAGCCCGGUGACCAGAUUAUCGCAUAUUUCGCUGCUGCUUGUCGCGAUCCAGAGGCAUACCCGGAGCCAGAAACAAUAAAAUUGAACCGUCCGCUAGAGAAAUAUAUCGGAUUCGGCGACGGUCCCCAUCAAUGUUUUGGAAGGGAGUUGGCUCUGGCUUAUCUGGUCGGUUUUCUCAAGCGUGUCACUGCGCUCAAGAACAUUCGCCCAGCUCUAGGAGGAAUGGGCACCUUGAAGAGGAUAAAGAGGAACGGUAUCCCAUAUUACGUUUCGGAGGAUUGGUCCAGUUUUACCGGUUAUGCAUCCACAUGGCAACUUCAAUUCGAAGAUCCAGAUUACGUUGUAUGUUGA